ACCGGUACCGGGCACCGGGACUGCGCUCGGCACGGCACGGCACGGCACGGCACGGGCUCACCAUGAUCGUGUGUCCCCAGAGCGUGGAGCACCCUCGAGGAAGCCGAUGCCAGCGGCUGCCGGGGCAGGUAGUGAAGAUGUCCAGCAGUGACCCCGAGUGCUCCCAGUUCCUCUUUGUGAAGGUGCUGGCAAGCCGAGGGCGGCUGGAGGCGGUGACCCAGCAGAUGGGCUACCACCCACAGUACCUUGACAGCUUCCUCAAGACUCAGCACUACCUGAUGCACAUGGAUGGCCCCCUGCCCUUCGACUGCCGGCACUACAUUGCCAUCAUGGCAGCGGCCCGGCACCAGUGCCGGUACCUGGUGAACCUGCACGUGCUGCAGUUCCUGCGGGCAGGGGGUGACCCCCAGUGGCUGCGUGGCCUCGAAUUCAUCCCCCCCAAACUCCGCAACCUCAACGAGAUCAACAAGAUCUUGGCACACCGGCCAUGGCUCAUCACCAAGGAGCACAUUGAGAAGCUGCUGAAGAUCAGUGAGUGGAGCUGGUCACUGGCAGAGCUGGUGCAUGCCGUCGUCCUCCUGGCACACUGCCAUGCACUUGCCAGCUUUGUCUUUGGCUGUGGCUGUGAGCAGGAUGAGGGGCUGGGGGGCCGAGGCUCACUGAAGCCACUGUCACUCGGGAACCAGUGCUUCUGCGAGGCCACUGCCGGCAACAGCUACAGCCAGGAGCUGCUGCGUAUCAACCGCAAACGGUCCCUGGACUCCUGCAUGGAGCUGGAUUCCCUCCGGGAACGCAUGCAGCGGAUCCAUGUGGAGACUGAGGGUAGGGACGAGAUGAGGCUGCUGCAGCAGGACCGAGAGGAAGGGCUCUCCCCUCUUGUAGAUACUGAUGGGGAAGUCACCAGUGCCACCAACCUUGCGUGCUACAUGCAGGACCCUGACUUUGGAUACCAAGACUUUGCCCGGCGCGAUGAGGAUCAGACGCAGGUAUUCCGAGUCCAGGAUUACUCCUGGGAAGACCAUGGCUUCUCACUGGUCAACCGUCUCUACUCUGACAUUGGGCAUCUCCUGGAUGAGAAGUUUAGGAUGGUGGAUGGUCUGCAAAGCAGUGCCAUGGCCAAGCGGCAGGGCUGUGAACCCUCUGUUUUCAAACGGGGCAUCUGGAACUACAUCCACUGCAUGUUUGGCAUUAGGUACGAUGAUUAUGACUAUGCAGAAGUGAAUCAGCUCCUGGAGCGAAUGCUUAAAGUUUACAUUAAAACUGUAACCUGCUACCCAGAGAAGACAAACUCAGAAAUGUUUGACAGGUUCUGGAAGCAGUUCAAGCACAGUGAAAAGGUCCACGUGAACCUGCUCAUCCUGGAAGCCCGGAUGCAGGCAGAGCUGCUAUAUGCGUUGCAGGCCAUCACCCAGUACAUGAUCUCCUAGAUGGUGGGAGCUGCGCUGCGGCAGCGCGGGGCAGCCUCCUGUCUCCCUGAACUCAUGUGGGACCCGUCAUGCUGGGACUGACGGCGAGGGAUUUCUUGAUUAAUUUACUUGACUGUAUCGUUCCUUUUUGUUGGUUCCCCCCCGCCUUGUGGGGGUCACUGAGUGGCCCUGUUAUGUGCAAUUACCAAACUGUGAGGCAAAUCCGUGCUGCUGAGAUGCUGGAGACUUGAACGUGUCCAAGGAGGACUGCCAAAAACAUGGGGGAGAGGGAAGUGGGAGGGGACUGGGGCCAGAUUAGAGGAAUGCUCCUUGCCUGGAUGCUGUGGGAGCCUCGAUGGCACAGGGAGGGCAGAUGGGAGAACUGGCUUCCUUCCCUGUGCUGCAGUGGCUGCUUUGCUUGCAAAGCCACUCGUGGGCACCUGUCCUUAUUGGGGUGGUGUCUCUCACUUGGGAACAGUGCAGGCAGCAUGUGGGAGUGUUGUAAUGUUCUGGGUUGCAGGGUUAGGCAGUAACAAGUGCUGGCUCCUAGGAUGGGCCUUUCCCCAGGACAGCAAGGGGAUGUGCUUGUUGCCUAUGUGUUAUGUCCUUUAGGUCUGUGUGCCAAACCCUUCUGGGAUGGACAAGAGAUGACCCAGCAAACUCCAAACUGUGAAGCUCUUGCUGGCAGAGUAUCCUUGUGCUUUGCUUUCUCUGACAGCGGGAUGAGGUCUUUUACAGUGUUCAGGCACUGGAGGUUUCUGCUAGGGACUUUGGCAGUCCUAAGCACCUCCUCUGCUUCCCAUAAGCAGAGAGGCAGGAGGAACAAGGGAGGCUUGUUAAUGUGUUUGAGUUAAUGUGAUUUGUUUGUUCUUACCACCAUGCAAGGCCUGAGAUCCUGUGCCCAGUCACUUGCUUAACAGCAUGGUGUUGGAGCCUGUGGUCAGCAUAGGUAAUCUACAGGAAGCUUCUCCCUGAAUGUAGGUUGGGGGGCACUCCUGGGACUGCCCUAUUUGAACAGAGGCAGCCUGGCCACCAGCCUUGCCCUCUGCCUAGGGGGCUAGACCACCAUUCCCCCAUCUCUCUGGGCUGCUCCCUGCCUGUGCCACAAUCCCUGGCUGGAGAGGUACAAGGGCACCAGUGCAGGCUCCAGAGAGCAGCCACAAAAGGGGAAUGAAGCCACCAGUUGUAAGUGGGAGCCUGAAGCAAGGGCAGCUGUCGAGUCAGCCAGCGCACGCUGCUUCAGUCAACCUGUUUACUGCGUAAAUAUACAGGGAGAAAACCUUGUGUAUGGA